GUCUCUGCUUCAUCUUGUCGUUUAGAGAACUAAAGAAGAAUAAACAAUUCAAUCCCUGUUCACUCAUCCUCAGAAUGAACAAAUUCGUGUUGCUUGUGGCCUUUAUGGUCAGCCUGGUGGCUGCUGGAAGGAUUACGGUGAAUCCUGAAUACCGCGAACUAGGAUUGGAUCGCCUUUCUCUUGGGGAUUUGCAGCGUCAGAAAUUCAUCUUGGACAUAGUCCAACGUGUCCAGCAACCAUUGCAGCAGGAUGAUCUUUUACAAUUGGAUGAGGGAUUGAUUGUGGAUCCUCAGCGUUAUAUUGGCGGCAUUGAUAGCGAGAUGCAGCGCAUCAUAGCUUUGGAUCGCCAACGACGACUCCUUGACGAAAAUCAGAUAUACUCGGUGGCCCAAGUGGAGCAUAUCCAGCAAUUGCGAGGCAUCUAUCGCCUGCUCGUCCGUUCCGACAAUUUUGAAACCUUCCGUCGCAAUGUCGUUUACCUGAGAAGGAACAUCAAUCCAGUUCUUUUGGUGAAUGCCUUGGCUUUGGCCCUGCCCGAACGUCGGGACACUCAGAAUUUGAUUAUGCCCGCCAUUAGUGAGAUUUUGCCCGAAUUGUACUUGGAUCAGCAGGUCAUUGAACGUGUACGACAGAAUGUGAGCCAGCGUCCUUUGUUCCUGGAUGUAGUAGGCAUACAGCGUGUUAAUCCAGUCUUUGGUAUACUCAAUCCAUUCCGGGAAUUGCACAUGCAAAUGGCCCUGAGGAGACAGCAGGCUCGUCUAGCUGGUGGAGAGGGACAGGAAGGACGUGUGGUUGUAUCCAUUGAGAAUCAGGAUAUAUCGAGCAUGUCUCUAUUCACCGAGGAUAUUGCUUUGCGCAGCUUUGUGCAGAAUCUCAUCCAAGAGUUGGCAUUGCGAGAAGAGCGCGAGUCCCUUGAACAGGAAUUGGGUCUAGUCGAUGGUACACUGUUGCGUGUGAACCGCCGUCGUCAGCAAAAUCAGGAGCAAGACCAGGAGCAGUAUCAGUAUCAGGAUCGGUAUCAAUACCAGCCAAAAACCUAUGGCAAUGAGCGUGAACGUUUCCUGCGCAUCCUGCGACGCGAUGAUGACAACGUUGAUGAUGAGAAUAUAGUGCGCCGUGGAUCAGUUCGUGUACCACUUCAACGUGACUAUAUCUACAAAAGCUAUGGCCGUCAAGGUGGAGUCGAGGAUUUGCCCACAGUGAAUGUGAAUAGCGACCGUCUAUUGCAUGUGAGCCGCCGCCGCUUGAGCAGCAUUGAGCAAGAGCGUGAACAGGAGCAACAACAAUUUGGACGUCGUGGCUACAUCGGUUCCCUGCGUGGUGAACGCUUCAGCGAAGGCCGUCGUGUGCAGCAAGAAGAACGUCAGGAUGAUGACUACUAUAACAACAAGAAGAGCUACGGUCAGCGCGUAUAUGAGGGACGUCAGCAAAACUACGAAGGACGCCAGCAAGGUUACGAGGGACGUCAGCAAGGCUAUGAGGGACGCCAGCAAGGCUACGAGGGACGUCAGCAAGGCUAUGAGGGACGUCAGCAAAACUACGAAGGACGCCAGCAAGGCUACGAGGGACGUCAGCAAGGCUAUGAGGGACGUCAGCAAGGCUAUGAGGGCCGUCAGCGAACCUACGAUCAGGAUAUUACUGGCUAUCUAGCACAAGGACAGCGCUAUGAGGGCAAGAACUACCGUCAAAAUGUUGAUCAGGGCCGCGACUACAAUGUAUACCGCAACUAUCGGGAUCAGCAACGCGGUUAUCAGCGCUAUGACAACGAAAAUGAACGUCCCAUUGAUCGUCUAGAGAGUGUUGAGCGUGAUGAUGAGCGUCUUGUUCACAUCAAUCGUCGUCGCCUUGGCCAAGAGCAGUAUCCGAACCAACAGCAACAACAACAGCGUUUCUACCCUCGCCGCGGAAAUACCAUUGAUGAAGGGCGUCGUGUGGUAGAUGGUGGAUUGAUCCAGGAUGAAGACAUUGUAAAGUUUAUACGCCAGGAUAAUCGCUUAACGGAAAUGAGCGACGAUGAGAUCGUGCAAAUGUUGCAAAGAAAUCGUGAAGAACGUCGCCAAAAGCAGCAGCAAGUGAACCAGAGUGACGAUAACAACGAUGACGAUAAUGAUGAUGAGGUGCGCCAGGGUGGUCGCCGCUCUCGUCGUAGCCUUGUUCAAAGCCCGGUCGAAAACUAUCGCCGUAAUGAGGUCCUUUUGCACACUUUGCGCCAAUUAGUUGCCCGUCUCAAUCAAGAGAGAAUCUCUUUGGGCCAGGACACUUCAAAGUAUCAACGAGCUGGACAGCAAUAUCUCUACAAUAAUCGUCAGUCCCAGGAGGAACGUUAUGCCAUUCGUUUGAAUGACAUGCGCUUGGAUUCCCGUCGCAGUCGUGAGGUAUUGCAGCAAAUCAAUGAUAUUGAACGUCGCUUGGAAACAGUUAUUGGCCAAGAAGUGGGUUCCUCCUCUUACUCAUCCUAUUCACGUGGUCGAUUUGAUGAGCAACGUCAGGUGGAAGGACGCAUUGCUGAUGUCUUGCUAGGUCGUCUGGGUCAAGUGGGCAUUGUGAAUAUACUGCGCCAGCUGAUCCGUGAAAAUCCAGAGCAAAUCAACCGCCUAACUCUCAGCGAUCCCGUGGUCCAGCAUACUUUGCGUCGCAUUGUCGGCAUUGUGGACGAACAGCGUGAACAAUUAUUGGGAGGCUAUCGUCGCGAUGAGCUCUAUAUGCAAGGAGUUACCAUCAAUGAUGCUCGUUUGGAUAAACUGCGUACACGCUACGAGGAUAGCGAGAUUGAUCUUACCAAUCUGAUUGACCAGCAGCAGCAGCAACAACGAUCGGUUAUUGGCCGUCAGCGUCGUCUGAAUAACAAAGACUUCAUCAUUGAUUUGGACAUUAGCUCGGAGCGCCCACAGGAUGUCAUAGUACGCAUGUUUUUGGGCCCACGUGAGGAUCAGCAAGGUCGCGAAGUGCCAUUGGAGCAGCGUCGUCGCGACUUUAUUCUUCUCGAUGCCAUCAAUAUCCAACUGCAGUCCGGCCGCAAUCGCAUUCAGCGUCGUUCCAUUGAUAUUCCCUGGACCACCCGCGAUGUCACUCCCUACACUGAGAUCUAUCGUCGUGUGAUGCUUCAAUUGCGUGGUCAGCAGGAUAAUUUCGAAUUGAUUGGCGAAAAUGGUCGCUUCCCUCAGCGCCUGCUCUUGCCUCGUGGACGUCCUGAGGGUCUGCCCAUGCAAUUGCUUGUGAUUGUUUCGCCACUUCAGUUGGAUGAGCGUCGUGUGGAGCGUCGCAUUCCGGGCGUUGUUAUGGGCAUUGGCUCGUCAUCGAUUCAGGAUAUACGUCCAUUAGGCUAUCCCCUUGAUCGUCGCAUUGAGAACGAGGAACAACUUAUCCAAUUGCCCAAUCUCAGUGUGCAGGAUGUUCUUAUCUAUCAGGAGAACUAACUAAUAAUUAUCAACCCAUGAGAGACCUACGGCAAACCAAAUCUUCCGGACGGACCCCCCUGUUGCUGAUGUUUAUGUCAAUUUAGUUUAGUAGUUGUAUUUUUUUUUUCUAUAUAUAUAUGUUAUUACUAUUAUAAUCGUCGAAUAAAUCGUCUUUGCAAUCGA